CCGGGCUCUGUGGGUCGAUGUCAAUGUGUCUGUCCUUCACUCCUCCAUUGUCUGCCGCCUCCACUGCCGCGGGUGCCACCGCCGCUGCCGGAAUCGCCGCAGCCUGCAGCCUCGCGCGUCGCCGCUACCUCCUCGGACAGAAAUUUUAUGAAUAAGCAUCAGAAGCCAGUGCUAACAGGCCAGCGGUUCAAAACUCGGAAAAGGGAUGAAAAAGAGAAAUUCGAACCCACAGUCUUCAGGGAUACACUUGUCCAAGGGCUUAAUGAAGCUGGUGACGACCUUGAAGCUGUAGCUAAGUUUCUGGAUUCCACAGGCUCGAGAUUAGAUUAUCGUCGCUAUGCAGACACACUCUUCGAUAUCCUGGUGGCUGGCAGUAUGCUUGCCCCUGGGGGAACACGCAUAGAUGAUGGUGACAAGACCAAGAUGACCAACCACUGUGUGUUUUCAGCAAAUGAAGAUCAUGAAACCAUCCGAAAUUAUGCUCAGGUCUUCAAUAAACUCAUCAGGAGAUAUAAGUAUUUGGAAAAAGCAUUUGAGGAUGAAAUGAAAAAGCUUCUCCUCUUCCUUAAAGCCUUUUCCGAAACAGAGCAGACAAAGCUGGCAAUGCUGUCGGGGAUCCUGCUGGGCAAUGGCACCCUUCCCGCCACCAUCCUUACCAGUCUGUUCACCGACAGCCUAGUCAAAGAAGGCAUUGCAGCCUCAUUUGCUGUCAAGCUUUUUAAAGCAUGGAUGGCGGAAAAAGAUGCCAACUCUGUUACCUCUUCUUUGAGAAAAGCCAACUUAGACAAGAGGCUGCUUGAGCUCUUUCCGGUUAAUAGGCAGAGCGUGGAUCAUUUUGCUAAAUACUUCACCGACGCAGGCCUGAAGGAGCUUUCUGACUUCCUCCGCGUCCAGCAGUCCCUGGGCACCAGAAAGGAGCUGCAGAAGGAGCUGCAGGAGCGUCUUUCUCAGGAAUGUCCAAUCAAGGAGGUGGUGCUCUAUGUUAAAGAAGAAAUGAAGAGGAAUGACCUUCCCGAGACAGCGGUGAUUGGACUUCUGUGGACCUGUAUAAUGAAUGCCGUUGAGUGGAACAAGAAGGAAGAACUGGUUGCAGAGCAGGCCCUUAAGCACCUGAAGCAAUAUGCUCCGCUGCUGGCUGUGUUCAGCUCCCAAGGCCAGUCAGAGCUCAUACUCCUCCAGAAGGUUCAAGAAUAUUGUUAUGACAACAUCCAUUUCAUGAAAGCUUUUCAGAAGAUCGUGGUUCUCUUUUAUAAAGCUGACGUACUGAGUGAAGAAGCAAUAUUGAAAUGGUACAAAGAGGCACACGUUGCCAAAGGCAAAAGUGUUUUUCUUGACCAGAUGAAGAAAUUCGUUGAGUGGCUACAGAACGCAGAGGAAGAAUCCGAAUCGGAAGGUGAAGAAAAUUAAAUGGCACAUGAAGCACAAUACCUAGGCUACCACACAACACUUUUACUGGGAAUGCUGAACCAUUUGAGAAGAGAAACUUGGCUUCUGUUUUCACAAAGAAGAAGAAAAAAAAAAA